GAAGACUUCCUGUUCCGGUUGAGGGAAGAGUGUGGCUGCCUCUGCUGUGGGCGAAGUGCUGUCAUGGCUGAGGCGAAGCGGAAGAGGCCCCUGGCCCCCUUCCGCAGGGCUCCUGGCCCCUCGGCCGCCGCGGCCUCCUCUUCCUCGCUGCCGAGCAACCCCUUUGAGGUGAAGACCAACCGGCAGAAGUUCCACAUCCUGGGCAGGAAGACCAGGCAUGAUGUCGGGCGCCCUGGGGCUACGCGCUCCAGGGCCCACAAGAAGCGUACUCAGACAUUGCUGAAAGAAUACAAGGAAAAAGAAAAAUCAAAUGUAUUUAAAGAUAAACGUUUUGGUGAAUAUAACAACAAAAUAAGUCCAGAGGAAAAAAUGAUGACGCGGUUUGCUUUGGAACAACAGAAAAAUUAUGAAAAGAAACAUAUAUAUAAUCUAAAUGAAGAGGAAGACUUGACUCAUUAUGGUCACUCUUUAGCAAACAUUGAAAAGUUUGAUGAUAUUAUUGAUAGUGACAGUGAUACUGAAGAAAGAGGCAUACUUUCAGCGGAACUAACAGCAGCUCACUUUGGAGGUGGUGGACUUCUUCGCAAGAAAACACUUGCAGGGCAGCAAGAUGAAGAGAACAGACAGGCUAAGUCUCGGAAGGAGCUGAUUGAAGAACUAAUAGCAAAAUCCAAGCAAGAGAAGAGAGAGCGACAAACUCAGAGGGAAAAUACACAAGAACUUACAGAAAAACUGAACAGUGAUUGGAAAGACAUUCAAAGCUUCCUUUUCCACAGAACAUCCAAGUCAGAAUUGGAAAAUCAUGUAGAGGAGAAGCAGAAGCCUGAUGAAUAUGAUAUGAUAGUUAGAGAGCUUGGAUUUGAGAUGAAGGUGCAACCCUCUAGUAGGUUGAAAACUGAAGAAGAGUUGGCAAAAGAGGAGAAGGAGAAACUCCUAAAAUUGGAGGCUGACAGGUUACGUCGAAUGCGUGGAGAAGAUGAGCCAGUGAUAAGGAAGAAUACCAAGUAUUUAUCAGCUGAUGAUUUGGCAGAUGGGUUCCUUCUGGAUAAGGAUGAUAGACAUUUUCUUUCUUACAAAGAUGGCAAGCUGAAUAUUGAAGAUAAGAAAAAGGAAAAAGAGAGAGAAGAUGAUGACAGUGAGAAAGGAGAAAGUGAAGAAGAAUCUGACACUGAAUCUGAAGCUGUUGACAUUGAUCCAGAUUCAGAAGCUGAUGUGGAGGAAGCCAGUGUAAAUGAAGCACAGAAAAGCCAAAUUAAAAAUAAAAAAAGUAAAUUGCAAACUAAGAAACAAAAUGUUGUCAGGGAAGCUGCCAAACUGGAAUUGCCGUAUUUGUUUGACGCUCCGGAAUCUUACGACCAACUUAAGGCUUUAUUGUCAGAAAAACCAAUAGAAGAACAGCUGCUCGUAAUAGAAAGAAUUCAGAAAUCAAAUCAUCCAAGCCUUGCAGUGGGAAACAAAGCAAAGCUAGAAAAACUGUUUGAAUUCCUUCUGGAGUAUGUUGGGGAACUGGCAUCUAAGGAGCCACCAGAGCUGAAAACAAUUGACAGACUGGUCCGGCCCUUGUAUAACCUUUGCCAGAUGUUCCCUCAAGCUGCAAGUAAUCAUGUCAAGUUUGUUCUUCAAGAUGCUAUUCAUGACUUGGAAAAAAUCCAAGAAGUUAAAGGUCAUGCAGCAUUUCCAGGAUUAAAUGUGUUCAUGUAUUUGAAAAUUAUUGCAGUACUUUUUCCAACCUCUGAUUUCUGGCACCCAGUGGUAACACCAUCAUUAGUAUAUAUGAGCCAGCUACUUACAAAGUGCCCAGUGAAAACAUUGCAAGAUGUUAUCAAAGGAUUGUUUGUUUGCUGUCUCUUCUUGGAAUAUGUAUCCUUGUCUCAAAGAUUUGUUCCAGAACUUAUAAAUUUUCUUUCGGGAAUUCUUCAUAUGGCUGUACCCAACAGAAAAGUACAAGGUUAUACUUUGAUAUAUCCUUUUGGGUCAUUAAAAAAACAGUUGAACCUGCUUGUGGUCACUGAAAAAGCAGACAUAGAGACAUGGCAAAAACAGAGUUUUCCACUUCAUAUGAUAACUAGGUUAAAAGAAAAAAGCAACAUGGAAUUGAAUCAUCUUCGGUUAUCAUGCAUAGCCCUGUGCCUGGAUUUGAUAAAGAGGUGUGUAGCUCUGUAUGGAUCGCUUCCAUCUUUCCAUGAAAUAGUGCAGCCCAUCAAAAUGCUACUUAAUACAGAUAUGCCAGUGAUGCAGUACCCUAAACUACUGAAGGAAUUGUGUGAUGAUGUUCUGAAGCAGUUGAAAGUCAAAGGACAGUAUUAUCCAUUAGUAUGUGAAAAGAAAAAGCCAGUUCCUUUAAAGCUGUUUACACCAAAAUUAGUGAAAGUCCUGGAAUUUGGAAGAAAACAAGAAAGCAAUAAAAAAGAGCAGGAAAGAAGACGUCUAAUUCAUAAGCACAAACGUGAACUUAAAGGAGCUGUUCGUGAGAUCCGCAAAGAUAACCAGUUCCUUGCUAGAAUGCAGCUUGCAGAAAUUGUAGAAAGGGAUUCUGAAAGAAAAAGGAAAGUGAAACAACUCUUCAGUAGCCUUGCUCAGCAAGAAGGAGAUUGGAAGGCAAUGAAGAGAAAGAAGUUUUAAAUAUUCCCUCAUAUAUUGUACAGAAGAAAACCAAAUAUAUUUAUAUUUUUAGUGUAACUCAGAAUAUUUUGAUAAAGUAACCUGGGGAUAAUGCUUUUCAGAAAACAAGAAUAAACUGAUUAAAUGGGUAUUCUUUUGUUUGAGGAUAAUCACAGUCUAAAUAAAAUGUUGAAUUGAAUUUA